AUGCGGCAGGAGGCGGACACCGACGUGGAAGCGUGUGCGCCGACCGACGCGUGCGCCGCCCAAGCGAGCGCCUUCGUCGAUGCGUGCGCCUUCGUCGAUGCGUGCGCCUUCGGCGAUGCGUGCGCCUUCGGCGAUGCGUGCGCCUUCGUCGAUGCGUGCGCCUUCGCCGAUGCGUGCGCCUUCGUCGAUGCGUGCGCCUUCGCCGAUGCGUGCGCCUUCGCCGAUGCGUGCGCCUUCGCCGAUGCGUGCGCCUUCGCCGAUGCGUGCGCCUUCGCCGAUGCGUGCGCCUUCGCCGAUGCGUGCGCCUUCGCCGAUGCGUGCGCCUUCGCCGAUGCGUGCGCCUUCGCCGAUGCGUGCGCCUUCGCCGAUGCGUGCGCCGGAGUCGAUGCGUGCGCCGGAGUCGAUGCGUGCGCCGGAGUCGAUGCGUGCGCCGGAGUCGAUGCGUGCGCCGGAGUCGAUGAGUGCGCCGGAGUCGAAGCGUGGAGGAGGAGUCGAAGCGUGGAGGAGGAGUCGAAGCGUGGAGGAGGAGUCGAAGCGUGGAGGAGGAGUCGAAGCGUGGAGGAGGAGUCGAAGCGUGGAGGAGGAGUCGAAGCGUGGAGUCGUCAAAGCGGGAACAUUUUGCUGAACGGAAAUGCAGCCCGGGUCAUUGAGCGGUACUUGAUGUUCACUGAUGGCAUGGCCUACGGUAUCGACCAGAUCCUGGAACCUCCAGGCCUGGGCGCUCACUGUGAUGACAUUACCAACAAGACCACAUAUGGCCGGUGUGGACGCUGCCUGAAUCCUCCUUCCUGCCGCCUGAGACACACAGACACGGGAAAGGUGGAGUCUUGCAUCGUCCCGUCGUCCCGCUACAGGUACAGGUACACGCUGGACUUGGACUUGUCUCCGUUUGGACGCAAAGGUUGUAAACGAGUGUGUCACUACCCGUCAUGGACCCAGAAGUGCUGCAAGAAUCACUAUGGACAGGAGUGCUCAGCUUGUCCGGGUGGAGUUGAGUCACCCUGCGGUUUCCAUGGUAACUGUGAUGAUGGGUUGAAAGGCUCGGGGAAGUGUAACUGUGAGCGGAACUUCAGAGGAGACUCUUGCGAACUGUGCGCCGCCGAUCACUUUGGAGCCAACUGCACAGCCUGUAACUGCACAGAGAAAGGCGUCUGUGUGGACGGAAAAGAGGGCUCUGGAGUUUGCGUCUGUGACAGCGGCUGGACUGGGGACCGCUGUCAAACUGACCUCGGUUCGAUCCCUGAGGAGUGCAGGCAGUGUCACAAAGACGCCCAGUGUGAGCCAGGCUCCGGCUGCAGCUGCAAACCAGCGUUUCAGGGCAAUGGGACCUUCUGUGAGCCUCUACCACCUCCUGACCUUUGUGCUGAGUACAACGGAGGAUGUCACGUUCACGCUGACUGCAAUCAGACCGGACUCCUCGUCAACUGCACUUGUCACAGUGGUUACCAAGGCGACGGCUUUUCAUGCCAGCCAAUCAACAGAUGCACUGAAGAGCCAAAUGGAGGCUGCAGUGACUUUGCCUCAUGCAGCUUCACAGGACCGAAUGAACGUAAUUGCGAUUGCCUGCCGGGGUACGUGGGUAAUGGAGUCCAGUGUUUGGAGGAGGUUGAGCCUCCAGUCGAUCGGUGCCUUGAGAACAACGGUGACUGUGACCCGGUGGCUCAGUGCAAAGACCUGCACUACCACACAAAAACUGGAGGGGUGUUCCUCCUCCGGUCUCCUCAAGGGAAGUACCAGAUGAACUUCAGUCAAGCUAAAAAAGCCUGUGAGGACGAGGGAGGCGCUCUGGCCAGCUUCAAACAGAUGGGAGACGCUCAGCAGCUGGGCAUGCAUCUGUGUGCUGCCGGGUGGAUUGAGGGGGCAAAAGUGGGCUAUCCAAUCCGCUUCCCUUCAGCCGAAUGUGGGAACAACCAUGUGGGAGUGGUGCUGUACGGAGACCCAGUGGACCAGAGCAGCCGCUACGACGCCUACUGCUACAGAUUAACAGACGUGUCCUGUUCGUGUCCUGGCGACUUCGUUGGCAACGGAGACUUCUGUAACGGUGUUCUGGCUGACGUUUUGGCCACAAACUCCAACUUCUCCAUCUUCUACAGAUUCUUGUUGGACUACAGCAGCUCAUCACAAAACGGUAAAAACCUGGUGGAGUUCUUGUCUCAGCGAAACACGGACGUCACUUUGUUUGUUCCACACAACGAUGGAUUCACUUUCAACAAGACUUUGACCGGGAGAGACCUGGAGUACCACAUCUCGAUCAAUCACAGCAGACGAUCCUUUUCAGAGCUGAAACAUCAUGACAUAAUUGUGUCCAAGAUCGGGUUUAAUCUCACGGUCACCCACGGCAACGACCAGAACAUGAAACUGGUGAACCGGCGCCUCCUGCUGGACUGGGACAUCCCUGCGGUCAACGGCCUCAUCCACGUGAUCGAGGGUCCGCUCACUGCCCCUCCUCCAUCGGUCUCUCACUCGUCGCGGCGGUCGCACCACUCCAGCUCGUCCGCGGCGGCCAUCUUGGUUUCCGUGUUUGUGGCGUGUGUGGUGGGAACAGUGGGAUACUACGUCUUCAAACACAAGACCAACGCUUUCCGCUUCCACUAUUUCAGAAAUGAGGAUGAGGAUGGAGCGUCCAACAGGGUCAGGCCUGCUCUUGUGUCCAUCCCUAACCCUCUGUACGACGGCUCCACGGCCCUGAGUCCGCCCGCCCCGGAGAGCAGCCAAGAAGAAGAGCCUCCAGCGAAGCCUCCUCAGAUUCUAGACCUGGACCAGUAG